CUUCUUUAGGGUUUUUAAGCUGAUUCAUUCGUUUAGGUUUGAAUUUUGGACCCAAGAAGAAAUGUCAAUAGGCGAACGUGUAGACAUUUUCGGAUGCUGCGUACCUGGUACAGGAGGGGGAGCAGCAGCAGAAACAGGGAGAGGAGACAUUAGCACAGCCACUCAACAAGAUGAACAACAAGAUGAAGCUGCCGCUAAACAACAAGAUGAACAAGUUGCCGCUAACGCGAUAAGUCACUACAUGUUGGCGGUGCUUCAGUAUCGCCCUUUCUGUGUGUGGGCAAGGAUUCUGGAAUCCGAAGAACCCGGUCCUAAGUUAAGGCUACAAGAGGAAGGAAUCCAUCCUCAGGGACAUCAAUCUUUAUCUUGUUCCUGGUGGGUUUUUAAAGUUUUCAAAGGGAAAAAGAGAUCCAAGAUCUUUCUCCCGGGUUUUCAAAGGAAAAAGAGAUCCAAGAUCUUUCUCCCGUUUUCAAAGGGAAAAAGUAGAGAUCCAAGGAAGAUGCUGCUGCUGAGUGAUGGGUUUCUCUGUUAGUUCUUCUAACUAAAAAGAAUCCGAUUGAUGAGUUUCUCUGUUAGUUCUUCUAACUAAAAAGAGAAGCGCGAUUGUGUUUGCUUUACAAACGGACUAUCGUAUAUCUACCGGCGUCUACGGACCAGGGAACGAAGCGGAAAGAGACCUCCGCUUAGCGGAGAUUGAUCGACUUGUACAAGAGAUGGAAUUUUCGAGGACGUCCUCAUCAGGUUCAGGGUCAAAGACGCGAGGUGGAGAACGUGCCAGGUGUUACUUGAAGUUAUGCUUGCUGGUUGUUGGUACUAAAGUAUGUAUAUUUCAACACUUCCUUGUGGGACGUAUCAAUUUUGAGUCACUAACAAGAACAACUACAUGUCCAAAAUAAUAAGGUUUCUUGGUCUUCUCUAAAGCAGCAUGUUCACCAAUAGAAGUUCGCUAAUAGAGGCAAUGCGUGCUUGGAUGUUGAGGGAUCUGCGCGAAGCGUGCAACUUUUUCCUAGAUGCUGUGAAGCUUUUUUCCGCAGAGAAAGGUGAGAUCGACCUGUUUGCCUGCAAGCGAGCACAAUUAAUGGGCUUGUUUUUGGGGGAGCCGAAACUUAUACUGGAAUUAAGGCUACUACCGCUAGUUCUAGUAGAGUAAAUGCAUCUUGCUUCCAAGUAUCUCGUUCCGAAGCCUCUGAAUCGAUCCCGUUCCUCAAGAGAAGCAGGCCUCAAGGUGUUCCUGGAGAUGAACAAUUUGUGAUUAUCAAUCUUUCUAAUAGAGGCGAGCACUGCUGUAGAAGCCUUUUUUGUACAAGAAGAAGGACUACAAGAAGCGACUGAAGAUGUUCAUCCAGGGCAUGCAAGUAGGUAUAGGCCUUGGAAGAAGGCAGUUCCCGCGCAGAUGUCGUACUGGUACGCGAUGCAUGCUUUCGCUUUGGAGCAAACGAGUGGGUGGGAAGCCGCGGAAGCACUUGUCGAGUUGGGCAAACAGGUGAAGCAAUCGAUGACUGGUGUCUACUACGGAUUGAGGAGUCUUCUAGCUACAGAUGUAGAUCAUAAAGGAGUAGUUGUAGAAGAAGCACCUCCUGCUCCUGCAGUAGAAGGUGCCGCUGAGAACCACCAGCUAGCAGAUCCACAUUCCUCAGCAAAUACUGGAGACCGAGGUGGCGAUCGAGUUUUCGAUCCCUGGCUGCUGCAUAGCGAGUUGCAUAUGCUUCAUCGAACGAAGAGCUGGAAGGGGAUCACCGAAGCCAUAGAAACCUACAUGGAAACGGAAGUUGAAAACACUAUACAUAGAGGUGAUCGGGAUGGUUCCAUACGCUUGAUUCUGGGACAAAAAAUGCACGUCUUUCUGUACACUUAAGGCUUCAAGAUAAAGUCCAUCUUUGCCACCAGCUCCUAGUUCUUAUAAGGGAAAAAGACGGGUUCUUAGCUCCAGUUUCUUGUAAGUCAAAGCCUCCGGCACCACCACCAGAAAAAUGCUCCUCCAAAGGAAAGAAUAUUUGACCAGAAUGCUCCACAGAAAAGAUCAUUAUUCUUUAACUACUUCAGGAUCUAGUUCUUAUAGGGAUAUUACUACUAGGGCUAGCGGAAGCGGAAGGAUAGAAAGACCUAGCUCUAACACGCGCACCUCUGGUGGCAUGCUGGGGUAGCGUACGCCGAGGAAGGUGAGCUGGAAGAAACAGAAUGGAUUCUACGCAGCAGAUGCUGGGAUUGCUUCAAUUAGGGAUUCAACUAGGUCUACGUCUACCUGCUCAUCUGAGUCAAAUCUACGUCUACUGACGUCUUUGUUUCUUGACGUACUUUGGGUGCCUGACUGUUACUGUCAAACUCCACCGUCACAGAAUAAUUUGAAGGAUCACCAUCUGGUCAUUCCCCUUUUACAUAAGAUAGACGAGCUUGUCCUAUGGCUCCGUAGGCUCUAUUAGUUCAUUGCAUCGUUGUAUCAUAUACAUGAUUUUCUAAUUUAAAAAAAUCGCAAUCCCCGUGAUGCCAUGCACAGGGAACAACCUCAGCAAAAUUUCUUCGGCAGAAGUUUCUGGUGUGGCGGAUAGUACUGGUGUGCAGAAAGGAAACCUCCUACAGGAUCCAGGUGUGCAACUGAAUGCUUUAGGCCUUUUGUGGCGACUACUAGAAAAUAAAGGUAAGCCAAAACCUUCCAGUAGCAGUAGAGCUGCAAGAACGGAAUCAACAGAAAGUAGAGAAGCACACGACAACUCCACAGCUGUUUCGACAACAAAAGGAGAAGGAGAAAAGAAGAAAGGAGGAGAAAAGAAUGAAGCAAAAGGAGAAAAGAACCUCAAGAGCAUCAAUGAGGGAGAAGACCAAGAUAUCUGGUAUACAUUUGUGAAGUCGAGUGGAAACUCGGACAAAAUUGUGGUCGAUCCAGCGAAAGCACUCGAUAGAUUCCGAAGCGAGAUCAUGGGCGUUUUUAUGGCUAGUGCGAGACCACUGGAUCGAAGAAUUGUCCUUGUUUCUACAAGAUGACUUCUUGAGCAAGAAGAUGAUUAUCAACAAAAGCUGGAUUCGAAUUCUAUUAUGGUUUUCAAGCAUUACCGAUAAAAGAAACGUUCUCCUCUUCCUCUAACACCUUUACUCCCCAUCUCGACCCUCUCCUCGAUGUCUUGUAUCUUCGAGUUUUACCAGAUGCAGGGGCACGAACCGCUUUCGCGAGAGGCAUCCGCACAUUUGCCGAAAAGAGUGGCAGAGAACAAUUGAAGAAUGCAGCGGCGAUAGCAGAGACGGUGGUGGAGAUUCUAGACCAGAGCGAUGCUGAAGAUGCGAAAGAUAGACUACAGAAAGCGGACCUUUCAUGUCUCGGCAACAGUUGGGAACAAAGAGCAGUUUUAGAAUUGUUGUGGAACAGCGAGUGAAAGUCGUGGCGGAAAAUUCAUGGAACAAAUGUGAAAGUCGUGGACGAAGAAAUGCAAAGGGUGGCACCGUCACCGAGUAAACCAUGUAGAAUAUAAGAUGGACAAUGAUAAUGCAAAGAAUUUAUGGAGAAGAUGAUCAUGAUAAUCAUUGUUGUCGUAUUCUCGGGAUGAUAGUGUAAGUAUCAGGGAGAACUGGCUGUACUAUACUCAUUCUGACAAUUCUUGUCAAGGAGAAGAAUAAUAUUGCCGUAUGAAACAAGAU